AUGGCAUCAAGAAAGAAACAACCUAAGAAAAAUGAUGACAUUCAUUUUGUCAAUGCCAGACCUACCUCAGAGACAGAACGAUUGAAAGCUCAACGUCUGGUGCGUGCACAUGUCGGGCGCUGGAUUUCAGAUCAAACAAAGGACCGAUCCGCAGGCCCAUCCACACGUGCUCGACCUGUCCGCAAUCCAGUUCCUCCCGUACCUAUUGACCGUCCUGGCCCCUCUUAUACCAUCGUCUCACGACCUUCAAGCUCCCAUCGAAGUAUUCCCGGUCAGGUUACAUUCCGCGACUCACCAUUUCCGCCCUCCCAUGCUAGUGAUAGUAGCGACAGUAGCAGCGAUGAUGCGAGUUCAGUGACUGCAUUUUCAGCAGAGGCGCUUGCUGUCGCCCGAUUCAAUAAGCGCAACUCUCCUGAGCGACUCGAACGCAACCUCUCUGGGAUCUUCGACCCAUUCGCCACAUACCCCGCUCCCGAGAACUUUGAACCCGAGAUGAUCAAUUUGUCAGAGCGCUAUCUCACAGGUGUUGUGUGGCCAGGACUCGCUCCACGACCACGGAAUGUACAAACUGCGGCUAAUAAGUGGUUCGAUCUGUCCAUGGCGGACCCGGCUUUGUUUACGGCGUUCAUGUUUGGCUCCCUAUGUCACCUCCGUGUACAAUGGCAGAAUAACUGGGUACCUGGUACCGUAUUUGGUCCAAAGGAACGUCGCGCACUACAGUUAUGUGAAAUGGAAUCGAUCAAGUUGAUCAACCAGGCUGUUCGUGACCCCCAUCGCGCCGUCAGCGAUGCGGUUCUCCUCAGUGUUAUUUGCAUGGCUCAUCACCAGGCGGAGGAGAAAUUGGUACAGCGGCACCGAAGAACACCAUUUAACCCGCCAUUCCCGCGACUGCAAUGGAUUGAUGUCUAUGGAUGUCUGCCACCGAAUAUGAUUCAUAUCAAAGGGUUGUUACAGUUGGUCAAACUGCGAGGCGGUCUAGCCAAUAUCCCCACGGACGGUCUCGCCGCGACCAUCUCCUUUUCGGAUAUUAUGAGCUGCAGCGUCCUCUGUGUCCACCCAUGCUUUGAAUUCUGGCCUCUCGCCGAUUUCCGAUUAGGCUUGUCUAUCCAAGAACUACUCGGCUUCGGUCCAUUGGAUAUCGAGCAGGGAUUCGGCCGUUUACAGGAAAUUGGCGCCACUCCCCAAAUGGCAGAAGCUUUCCAAGCGGUGCAUACUUAUAUUCAGAUCAUCAAAGCGAGUCCGAAUUCCACACAUGAUGUGUCUUUGCUCGCCGAUCGGCGCAACCUAACCCAACACACCAUCCUAUGUCUCUCUCCGGCCUCCGACAUCCACACCUUCUCCAAUCCCACGCAUGCCGCCACCUAUGAAGUAUGUCGCCUAGCCGCACUAAUCUUCGGGGUCGGCGUCCUCUUCCCAAUCCCCGCACAGAAUACCCCUCUCAACCGUUUAGCGCACCUUAUGAAAUCGCUCCUCUUGCAACCUUCCUCCUCCGAACUGUGGUCUUCGCCAUCAACCCGUCUCCCUCUUAUAUGGGUGUUAGCCCUCGGCGGUAUCGCCGCGAACGAUACCCCCGAGCGCGCCUGGUUCGCCUCUGCCCUUGGAGAUAUAGCCCGCAGAACUGGUUUGAAUUCAUGGGCCAGCAUUAAAUCCAUCCUCGGGUCUAUGUUAUGGUACGACGCUGCCUGCGAUCUUGCUGCAGAGACUCUCUGGCAGGAGAAUACUAGCAAGUAUAACUAUGUCAUUGAGUGA